AUGGGCGAGCUGGUAGAUUACAUUAUUUCACAUGAAGAUGCUUUCAGAAAAAAUCGGCUACCUUCGCUGUACUCUGAUUUCUCCAUCCAAAAGAAUACUAAUCCCGAUGGCUACGCUGUGAAUGUCGCUGCAUGGGAAAGUGCCCUUACGAAAGCGGCGCUGGCUGGAUAUGUUGCUUCUAAUAGCGCCUCUGGUCAGAAAAGGGACCACCUCUCUCUAAGUGCUGAUGAAAAUCUCUUGCGUGACCUCGAAAUCCCAGAAUGGGGUAGGCCAGUGGCUUUGGGGAGCGUUUUCGAUGAAGCUGUCCAAAAGCGAAGGAUGAUUCCACUAGAGCUAUAUAAAUCUAGUGCUUUCAGCUUGAAGACUAGUCGAUGGCGGGUUGUUGAUCCUGGAAUUCUGAGCCCAUGGAACGUCAUGAACUGGAGUCUGAGGCAACUCAAGGGACUGGUGGUAGGGACCGAGGGUACCGGGGCUACGCUCGACGUUCAGAGACUAGUUCUUGUUGAGAAUUUAGAGGAAGCUGCAAAACGCAUUAUCAAUACAGCGACGGGCAUCGACAUCUCUCCUUUAAAUCGAAUAUAUUCCAAGGAGAUGUUUGUAAAGAGGUUUGCAACAGUGCUAGACCAGGGUACGGCGCUUUCAGAUAACGAUUUUGAUAUUCUACUCCUACAUCUAUCCCGAGACAUCAAAGCCGCUGCAUACGAUGGAAAGACUAUAAAAUUUCACAGUGGCGGUGACAGCUCACCAAUUGCGCAUGAAGAUUCAACUAUUGCUUCGAUAAAGACCCUGAUAUCCAAUCUCACAGAACAGGCUCUCAAGCUAGAACAGAAGAUAAAUGAAUUAAACUUGACUGCUAAAGUCUCACUAAAUAACAAGAAUCGCAUCUCAGCACUCUCCGCUCUCAAGUCAAGAAAAAUUGCAGAGCACAAUCUCAAGCAACGAUCUGAUACAUUGAAUCAAUUAGAGGAAGUUUACAACAAGAUCGAGCAGGCUGUUGGUCAAGUUGAGAUUGUACGUGUUAUGGAAGCUAGUACUGGCGUCUUGCGUAGUCUCCAUGCCCAAACGGGCGGAAUUGAGACUGUUGAAAAGGUGGUCGAGAACCUUCGUGAGGAGAUGUCCAAAGUCGACGAAAUUGGCAAUGCCAUUGAUGAGGCCGCUCCUGUGAUUGAUGAAGGUGAGAUUGAUGCCGAGCUUGAAGCGCUUGAGAAGCAGGAACAGCGAGAGAAAGAGGACGAAGAAGAAAAGAAUACCAGAGAAAAGCUAGCAGAGCUAGACAGCCAGAAACAUGCUGCACAAGAAGUAGCACGCAAACUAGCAGAACUGCAGAAGAAUACGGAAUCAGCGGAUGAUUCGCUUUUGGCGGUGAGUAUUGGAAAGCUUUCUAAUAUGUCUCUGGAUGAGGCAGAAAUGGAAAGGAAGAAGCAGGUUGAAGAAGAGCCUACUCCUGCGCAAUGA